CUAUUUUUGAAAUAAUUCUUCAAUUACCGUUUCCCACCAUUUUGCUAAAAAUUUAGAAGACUUGAAAUUUAACAGCAAUGUACAACAUUUACAUCAAGAAGAAAAAGAAUCGUGAUGAGGAAGUGGCUGAGGUUAAAGAAAAGAAGCUACAGAAAUAUCUAAUGAAUAGGGAAAUCUUUAAGAAUGAAGCGAAGUUAAUCAAUGACGACCGAAGAAAAGAAUGGGUCGACCAGAUUCUUAAGAAUAAAUUCACAAAAUAAUCUCUUUCUCUCUGAUCAGAGUCUUGCCAAUGAGUUCAUCUUGAAAUUAAGAGAAAGAAGGGCUGAUCUGGAGUUGACGAAGAAUGGGUUCACGAAGUAUAGUUAUGAAAAGACUAAAGAUCGUACUGAAAGAGUUCAUAGAGAGAAUCAGAGCUUAUUUUUAUCUCUUAAAGAGCAUUAUAAAGGAAAUCAGAAAUUAAAAUUAAGAAAUCGACGGAAGAAUUAUGAAGUUCAUGCGCCUUUCCAUCUCAAAACUCGAAAUGAGAAUGAUCGUCUUUCCAAUAUUGAUAAUUCUUCCUAUCACAACGAAGGGUUUAACAUGAGCUUUUACUCAAAAUACAAGUUCAGAGAUGAAGCAUCUCCUGAUGAUUUUGUCGACAAAGGCAAGCCAUUCUGAGCUGUUUCAAGAUCCGUAUUCAAUUCAUUCGAGAAAAUGAGGAGGUCAGCUGAAAGCUGAUUUUCAAAGUCAAACAACAUCAUUUCUGCAAAGAAAAAUUUGUUAACAAAAUAUGAACCAUACAUUGAUGGGUACAAGAAUAUAGGAGAGUCUGGUAUUAGCAGCAUGAAGAAUAAAAUCAAAGAGCCAUCUUUCAAGACAGGAAUGACGAAGAACACUAUUACAGAUCUUGCAUCCACGUCUUUGAGAGAUUCAAAUAUAUUUGAUGCCUCCACAGAUUCAUGCCUUGGGUCUCUGAAUAAGAGCAGGUAUAUUCAGAAUGUCCAGAAUAAAUCAACAUUUCGAUCAAAGAAUAGCGCAAUCUUUAAAGAAUUGAUUGAGGAUCGAACUCCUAAAUCAAAUGAAAGGUUCAUGAUGAGCUUAGAAAUGACUGAUACUCCCCAAAGGGAGAGAAUAACACUCAAUAAGAUCUUUACUUCGAGAAAUAAAAGCCAAUGCAACAGAAAGAAAGGAUUUGCAGCAAGGUUGGUUAAAUAUGGAACUGGAAUCUCUAGCAAGAGAUUGAAAGAGGUAGUAAGAAAGACUAUUCAAACAAACCCAUCAAGAAAUCUAAACCCAGAUAAAAUGACUUGCAAAUAUGCUAACCUCUCCCAAAUGCCCUUCAACCACACUCUAUCACCCACCUCCAAGACAAAAGCCUUAAUCCGCUCCAAAAUCUACAUGAACUCCCUAAAGGGCCAUAUCAGAACAAUGAAGACUAAAAUCUCAAAAUCAGUCGACAGUCAUAAAAACCUUAAGAGGUUCUACGGAAAGUAGAGAUUUGUAGUACAAAACAGCUUGUGUUUUCA